UUCCAGUCUAAAAUACUUGACGCAGCGGAAAAACAGAUAACAAAAUCUUUCUUUCUUCCUGCUUUAUAUAUCAUCAUCCUCCGUGUUCUUAUCAUUUCCAGUUCAUACAGUAUCAAGAAAAAUGACCUGGAGUUCUUGAAUCUUCAGUAACUUCCUUUUCUGAAUUAGUGGUAUCAUUUAAGAGAAAGCAGAAUCAAGAAAAAAGAAGAGCCAUACAGGGCUCUCUGAAAUGUAUAUGAUAUUCAAGCUAUUGAUCAUAGGCGGAGAGAUUGUUGAAGAAGAAGGCGAGUGGGAAAAGGAAAGAUAAGAAAAAGAUCUGUUUAUUAUAUAUCUGUUCGAUUCAAUCCAUUAGGCAACAAAUGACCACUGCUGCAAUGUCUGGUAUUGAGAUUGCUCAGAAACCAGCAACUGUAUUGAAGAGAAGUGACCUUGAGUUUGCAAUAUGCGAGUGUUGUGGGCUGACAGAGGAGUGCACAGAGGCUUAUGUGGCUCGUGUUCGGGAGCGCUACCAGGGGCGGUGGAUAUGCGGACUGUGCGCCGAGGCGGUGAAGGACGAGAUUGUGAGAUCAGAGAAAAGGAUUGGACAUGAGGAGGCUUUAAAUCAGCACAUGAGUUUUUGCAAGAAAUUUAGGACUUUAAGGCCACCAAAGAAUCCCACUGAGGAACUCAUUUGUGCUGUUAAGCAGCUGCUUCUGAGGAGCUUGGACUCGCCUCGGUCAAGCCCAGUGAAGAAGGCAGGUUUGCUUCGAUCCGAAAGCUGUUGUUCUGAUAUGGAUGAUUGAAUAAGCGUAUGUAUUAGUUCUAGAUUGUUAAUGAAUGUUACAUUGAAUAAAUGCUGCUUAAAAGUGGCAGAAAGUGUUGAGAUUCUUAGAAUACUGUUCCUGUCCUAUUAAUGUUAGAAUCUGGUUAAUGUAAUCAGUUGUUCGGUAUUGACAAGAUUUUAUUUAAUAAUAAGUGCUUGGCAGUUGAUGACUA